GCAGGCAGGCAGGCAGGCAGGCGGGCGAGCCGGGCAAGAACCAGCAUUUGCACCCCAAAACCUUCCAAUGGCAAAGUUUCUAACCCAGGAUCAGAUCAAUGAAUUCAAGGAAUGUUUUUCCCUGUAUGACAAAAGGCAGAAAGGCAGAAUCAAGGCCAGCGAUCUGAUACUUGUCAUGCGCAGUUUGGGCACCAGCCCAACUCUCGGAGAGGUGACCAGGCACCUUCAGCUCCACAAAAUCGAUGUCAAUGAAGAACUGGAUUUUUCAACUUUCCUGACCAUCAUGUACAGGCAAAUACAGCAGGAAGAUCCAAGGAAUGAAAUCCUUCUGGCCAUGUUAAUGGUAGACCAGCAAAGGACUGGAUUCAUCUCCGUGACUGAACUGCAGGCGAAGCUAAUGAACCUUGGAGAAAAGCUAUCCAAGGAAGAGGUGGAUACCCUUUUGAAGAAUGCCAGAGCAGGACACAACGGACUGGUGAAGUAUGAAGACUUAAUUCAAUCAAUCACCCUUCCAGUUGAUGAUUAUUGAAUUGCAAAAAGAUACUUGGCUGAAGGCAACCAGACAGCCUUCAUCAAUUCUGCCUGGAACCUGGGCUCUGCCUGCCUUUUGGUCUUAAAAAAUAAAUGCUUUGUUGCAAACAAAAA